CGAUCUUCCCAGCACAGACGUUUGGACAGAGCAGGCUCCUGAGGUCUCCAGAAUGCCCGUGCCAGCCUCCUGGCCCCACCUUCCUAGUCCUUUCCUGCUGAUGACGCUACUGCUGGGGGGACUCACAGGGGUGGCUGGCGAGGAAGAGCUGCAGGUGAUUCAGCCUGACAAGUCCAUAUCAGUUGCAGCUGGAGAGUCGGCCACUCUGCACUGCAAUGUGACUUCCCUGAUCCCUGUGGGGCCCAUCCAGUGGUUCAGAGGAGCUGGACCAGGCCGGGAAUUAAUCUACAAUAAAAAAGAAGGCCACUUCCCACGGGUAACAACUGUUUCAGACCCCACAAAGAGAAACAACAUGGACUUUUCCAUCCGCAUCAGUAACAUCACCCCAGCAGAUGCCGGCACCUACUACUGUGUGAAGUUCUGGAAAGAGAGCCCUUAUGACGUGGAGUUUAAGUCUGGAGCAGGCACUGAGCUGUCUGUGCGUGGUGAGUACAGCGUGGGCCUCAUUCGUCCCCUGAGGCCCAAGAGCUUCGUCCUAACUCCUGAAUUCUGGAAUGUCAGCACAGGAAGGACCUUCAGACCAUCCGGCCCAACCCCCUUUACAGAUGGGAGACUGAAGCCAAGACAUGACAGGGGCCUUGUCCAUGGUCACAGGGCCAGUUAG